GCGCAUGGGGAGUGGUUGGUGGUUGCCAAACGAAGGUACUUAAUUACUGCGCAUUCCAUCCCAUUUAAUUGCUUAUUAAAUCCUAACCAGCCAAUUAGCAGCAGCAAUUACAGCUUCAUUCAGUGACACAAUCGCUAUUUUAUCGUUUGUUAAUCAAAUGCUUAUUUAGGGUCCUGGUUUAUUAACUCUUUCCGCAGUAGGCACCGGCGGGGUGGCGGGAGAAGAGGCACCUGGCCAUGUCUGGGUUGGGGGGCGUGGAUAUCGUGGGACUGUGCCGUGUGUCAUGUCCCCAUGGGGGCAUGUGUGUGCAGCACUGAGCCAUCCUCACCACCCUGGGGACAGCCAGCCCCGAUGUGCCAUGUAAGCGUGGGUGUCAGUGGCACAGGAUAGGGCGCGCUGCUGUGCCCCCCUGCCGUGUCACCACCGCUUGUCCAGCAUCCCUGUGCCACUCUGGGGUGCAGCAGGGUAGGAUGUGGCCCCUGGUCAGUGCCUCACAGCGUGCUGGAGAAGGGGGUUGCAGGCGCCCAGGAGGCGUGAGCGAUGGCCCUUGUUGGUCACACUACAUUUCCUUUUCAUUAGUGCUAAGUGUGGACAUGAGGGAUCGGCAAAGGUUCAGCGGGCACAGCCACUGCGUGGCUGCUUUCCCUGAUGGAUGGCAGGGUGGGAGAGGGCUGCCGCACUGCUGGUGGAGGGGACAGUGGCGAGGCACAGGGCCACUGGCGUGUGGCUGUGCCGCCGUGGGUGAUGUCCCAGCCAGGGCACGUGGAGGUGGCCGAGCCCCAUCUCCCCACAGGUGCUCAGCAAAGCGCGACUGUGGCCAACCCAGCAUCUGGUGCAUCCUCGGACCUGCUGCCGCACUUCCAGCUGGAGCCGGAGGAUGUCUACAUUGUGAAGAACAAGGCAGUGAGCCUGGCCUGCCGUGCCACCCCUGCCACCCAGAUCUACUUCAAGUGCAAUGGCGAGUGGGUGCACCAAGGUGACCACGUCACGCAGCACAGCACCGACCGCAGCACCGGGCUGCCAGUCAUGGAAGUGCGCAUCGAGGUCACCCGCCAGCAAGUGGAGAAGAUCUUUGGGCUGGAGGAGUACUGGUGCCAGUGCGUGGCCUGGAGCUCCUCUGGCACCACCAAGAGCCAGAAAGCCUUCGUGCGCAUCGCCUAUCUGCGCAAGAACUUCGAGCAGGAGCCGACAGCCAGGGAGGUCUCCAUUGAGCAGGGCAUCGUGCUGCCAUGCCGCCCUCCCGAGGGCAUCCCCCCGGCCGAGGUGGAGUGGCUGCGCAAUGAGGAGCUGGUGGAUCCGGCACUGGACGCCAACGUCUAUGUGACGCCAGAGCACAGCCUGGUGCUGCGUCAGGCCCGCCUGGCCGACACCGCCAACUACACCUGCGUGGCUAAAAACAUUGUGGCCCGUCGCCGCAGCGCCUCUGCUGCCAUCACUGUCUAUGUGAACGGCGGCUGGUCGACGUGGACGCAGUGGUCAGGCUGCAGCACCAGCUGUGGACGGGGUUGGCAGAAGCGGAGCCGGACGUGCACCAACCCCACACCCCUCAAUGGGGGUGCUUUCUGUGAGGGCCAAAAUGUGCAGAAAACCGCCUGCACCACCCUCUGCCCAGUGGACGGCGCCUGGUCGGAGUGGAGCAAGUGGUCGGAGUGCGGGGCCGAAUGCACCCACUGGCGCAGCCGCGAGUGCUCGGAGCCAGCGCCACGCAACGGGGGCCGGGACUGUCAUGGCCCCGAGCUGGACACCCGCAACUGCACCUCUGAGCUCUGCACCCACGCUGCCCCCGGCGCAGAGGAUGUAGCACUGUACGUGGGGCUGGUGGCCGUGGCCGUGUGCCUGGUGCUGCUGCUGCUGGUGGGGGUGCUGGUGUACUGCCGCAAGAAGGGGGGCCUGGACGCUGAUGUGGCCGAUUCCUCCAUCCUCACCGCCGGCUUCCAGCCUGUCAGCAUCAAACCCAGCAAGGCUGACAACCCCAGCCUGCUCACCAUCCAGCCAGACCUCAGCACCACCACCAUGACCUACCAGGGCUCGCUCUGCCCACGCCAGGACGGCCCUGCCAAGCUCCAGCUGCCCAACGGGCACCUGCUGAGCCCGCUGGGUGCCGGCCGGCACACGCUGCACCACAGCUCACCCGCCGCCGAGGGUGCUGACUUCGUGGCCCGGCUCUCCACACAGAGCUACUUCCGCUCCCUGCCCCGCGGCACCAACAACAUGGCCUAUGGCACCUUCAACUUCUUGGGGGGGCGGCUCAUGAUCCCCAACACAGGGAUCAGCCUGCUCAUCCCGCCCGAUGCCAUCCCGCGGGGGAAGAUCUAUGAGGUCUACCUGACCCUGCACAAGCAGGAGGAGGUGAGGCUGCCCCUAGCUGGCUGCCAGACACUGCUGAGCCCCAUCGUCAGCUGUGGCCCCCCUGGGGUCCUCCUCACCCGCCCCGCCAUCCUGGCCAUGGGGCACUGCGUGGAAGCCAGUGCUGAGAACUGGAGCAUCCGGCUGAAGAAGCAGUCGUGUGAGGGCACGUGGGAGGACGUGCUGCAGCUGGGCGCUGAGCCGUGCACGGAGCUGUACUACUGCCAGCUGGAAGCGCAGGCUUGCUACGUGUUCACGGAGCAGCUGGGGCGCUUCGCCCUGGUCGGGGAGUCCCUCAGCAUGGCGGCCUCCAAGCGCCUCAAGCUGGUCCUGUUCGCGCCGGCCGCCUGCCCCUCGCUCGAGUACAACAUCCGCGUCUACUGCCUGAGUGACACCCAGGACGUCCUCAAGGAGGUGAUCCAGCUGGAGAAGCAGCUGGGAGGGCAGCUGAUCGGAGCGCCCCGGGUGCUGCACUUCAAGGACAGCUACCACAACCUGCGCCUCUCCAUCCACGAUAUGCCCAGCUCCCUCUGGAAGAGCAAGCUGCUCGCCAGCUACCAGGAGAUCCCCUUCUACCACAUCUGGAGUGGGCUGCAGCCCUUCCUGCACUGCACCUUCACCCUGGAGCGCCUGAGCACCAGCACCUGUGAGCUGGCCUGCAAGAUCUGGGUCUGGCAGGUGGAGGGAGACGGGCAGAGCUUCACCGUCAACUUCAACAUCGCCAAGGACACAAGGUUUUCAGACUGGCUGGUCCCCGAUGAGGUGGGCACCCCGGCUCUGGUGGGCCCCAGUGCCUUCAAGAUCCCCUUCCUCAUCCGCCAAAAGAUCAUCAGCAGCCUGGACCCGCCGGGCACACGGGGAGCUGACUGGAGGACACUGGCACAAAAGCUCAACCUUGACAGCCAUCUCAGCUUCUUCGCCUCCAAGGCCAGCCCCACAGCCAUGAUCCUCAACUUGUGGGAAGCGCGGCACUUCCCCAAUGGCAACCUCUCCCAGCUGGCUGCCGCCGUGGCCGAGGUGGGCAAGCAGGACGGUGCCCUCUUCUCCGAGGCUGAGUGCUGAGCAUGGUGGGUCCCAGGGGACCACCACCAUGCAGCUGAGGGGGGCCCUGGCUGGCCCACCCGGCUCCUACUGCCCACAGCGCCAUGAGGAGGCUGCCUGGCCCCCUUGGGAGAGCAGGAUGCCCCUGCCCCAUGGCAGCCAGGCCCUCCAACACUGUGGCAGCGGGACUCAGCCCAGCCCCAGGGGUCCCAGAGCCCCGAGGAGGGGGACUGGGGGGGCACUGGGUGUGCGUCGUGCGUGCAGUGCCGUCGUGCUGUCUGCGUGUGGGGCCAGCUGGCCCCGGGCCCCGUGCCGUGUUGUGUAAAGCCCGUUUUUUUAAUUCUGUAUUAAGUGCAUUCAAGUAUUUACACUUGGCCUUAUGUACAUAGCGGUGCCGCGGGCGGGGGGUCUGCCGGACGUGAAUGUAAAUAAAUUCGAUAUAUAUUGCUAUGUGGGGCUAUGCCCGGCCAUGCACUGCCCCACGCCCCUCAGGAUCCCCCC